GAGCUAUAGGAAGUUAUUGUGUGCAAGACAGAAGUACAGUACACAAAUAAACUUGCAAAACACACUGCUCACCUCUUCCCAGAAUCUAUCAGUAUGUGGUGCUGUCUUAAAAAAGCCUUACUGAGGCAGAUUGAAUGGGAGGAAGUGGCUCUAACUUCCCCAGGAAAGAGGGAGAGGAAACGGACGGGUUUGGACCGCUCAGUCAGGCAUUACUGGGCCUACGACUACAAGACUAAUGAUUGACGAGAGCUAGGCUGGGCAGAAAGACGGAUAGAGGGAGAGAAAAAGAAAGAGAAAGACUGACUUCCAAGACCACAGAGCUGGGCUGGGGGAAAAGAAAGGUAAAGAGAGAGAGAGUGACUUGGGAGAGAGAGAAAGAAUCGAGAAAGAGAGAGGAGAGUGCUUUCAAUUUCCAUUGUCCUCUUCUGGACUUGGGAAGAGAAUAGUGAGAGAAAGAGGAGAAAAGGAGAAAGUGAUUUUUCCGGGAUAGGAUUCUGGUGUUGGGACAGGGACAGGCGUGAGUUGGACGGUCUGAGACCUUUUGUGGGCUGGUACGGACCUGGUUGUGGGGUGGACAUGGGCCUGUUUCUGACGGGUCUAGGACUACUGCUCUGCUGUUCCCUCUCCUCCCCUCAGAGACUGGCUCCCUCAGGGAGAAACGUCUGCCAGGACCUCAGGGAUCCCUCCACUCUUGUCUGUUGUACUGGAUGGAGACAACAGGGAGAGGAGUGUACUAUACCUGUGUGUGAUGGCGAGCGGGCCUGCCAGCAGGAUGAGGUGUGUGUAUACCCGGGCGUCUGUCGCUGUCGCCCUGGCUACUAUGGAGCCCACUGCAAGACACGCUGCCCUCCAGAGUUCUGGGCACCGGACUGCCGCGAGCUGUGCAAGUGCCACCCUCACGGGCGCUGUAACCCAGUCACGGGCGAGUGCACAUGCCUCCCCAACCGCUGGGGGCCACUCUGCCAGAACGCCUGCAGAUGUGGUCGCCACGGGCACUGUCACCCUGUGCACGGCAACUGCACUUGCGAUGAGGGCUGGUGGACGCCCACCUGUACCAAGCAGUGCCAGUGCUACCCAGGCACCUCCACCUGCGACUCACUGACCGGCAGGUGUCAGUGUGCCCCAGGGUACUGGGGUCAGAAGUGCAGUCUUCGAUGUAGCUGCUACAUAUCGUCGUGCCAACAGAACACGGGGGUGUGCGAGUGCCAGAGCGGGUGGUGGGGUCAGACGUGUGAUCGCCGCUGUAACUGUGACCUGAAGCACAGCGAGUGUAAUGCCGUCAGCGGGGAGUGUACAUGUCAGCCUGGGUACAAGGGAGCCGUCUGUAAUGAACCGUGUGGACCUGGGGAGUAUGGCAGCGGGUGUAAACUGAGCUGUGGCCACUGUAAACGAGGCCAGUCGUGCUCUGUGGUUGACGGUGUCUGUACGGCCUGUGAGCCUGGGUGGAACGGCACACGCUGUGACCGGCCGUGCAAGCGGGGUUACCAUGGAUACCACUGCCAUGAGGCGUGCCCACGCUGCAGGAACGGUGAACCAUGCGACCCCAGGACAGGGGCGUGUUCACAAUGUGAUCCAGGAUGGACCGGACCCAGAUGUGACAAGCCAUGCUUUAACAGAACAUUCGGGGACGCCUGUCGCUUCCUAUGCAGCCCCUGUUUCCAUGGCCACUGUGAUCACGUGACAGGAAGUUGUGUCUGUGGGCCCGGGUUCCAGGGACAGAGUUGUAACAUCACCUGUCCAGACCAGCUGUAUGGCUUUAACUGUUCCUCUGUCUGUGACUGUGGAGAGGGCACCGCCUGUCACCCAGAAAUGGGGGCGUGUCCAUACAAUGGUCACAGGGCUCUGAUCGCUGGUCUCCUGGUCCCUCUGAUCUUGGUGCUGCUGGGUCUGGUCUGCUGCUGCUGCUGCUGUGGAGGACCUACUGACGGCAAAGACAGGGUAGCAGUGGGUGACGGUGGUACCUCUGUCCGUAUGAAGCAUCAUGUGUAUAACGUCCUGGCCAACGUGAGCUCUGCUGUACCCUGUAUCUCUGUCUGGUCCUCUGGGCUACCCAGAGUCACAGUGUCCCACCACGACCCUGAGCUGACAUUCAACCACAGUUUCAUAGAGCCUCCCUCCUCAGGCUGGGUGACAGACGGAUCCUCCUUCGACAGUGAUGAGGAGACCGGAGAGGCUCUCUACUGUGUCCCCCCCAGAGAAGACAUCCCCGCAGUGGCGGGCGGUGAGUUCCAGGAGUUCCAACAUGAGAUGAGUUCUAAGUGUAACAUGUUCCCCGACCCCUCUGCCUUCAGUGUUAGUGCAGAAGACAUGUCCCUCCCCUUUGGCAUCCCCCGCACCUCCAGCAAUGCCAAGUCCAAACGCCCCUCCGUCUCCUUCGCCGAAGGCACCAGGUUCAGCCCCAAGGAGCGCCGAGGCUCUGCCCAGGACCUGACUCCCGGGGCCCCCCGCACCAAACCUAAGUCCCCCUGGGGGGUCCUGAUGCUGUCAGCCCUCCAGGCCCAGGGAGGGAAGGCCUCAGAGGGGGAAGAGACGGAGACAGGUGAGGGGGGUGUGGAUGGAUGUGGAGGUGGGACUGGACCAUUGGAAGAACCAGGAUCCAGUGGUGAAGCAGGGGACCCUGAUGUGGACAGGUACACGGCCACCCCGUCACAAGCCAUGUCUACCCUGCAGGUGCCUGGAGCAGUGGUAGGAAGAAGACGCACCAUAUCCAAUGCCGCUGUUAACAGAAAGGGUGGGCAAGCAUCAGGGUCCACAUCCGAUGGCCAGAAGGCAGAGAUAGAUAAAGGGAUGGACAAGGUGACCACAGUGUACGUGACAGUGGGUAAGGCGGGGGUGGGGAGGCCCCUGUCUAAACUAGAGCUCCCCAGCUCGGAGGGCCCGGUACAGGCCAUGCUACGCAGGCUAGGCAGCCUCCAGAGACAUAAAGACCAGGAGGUGGGAACUAAGCCCAAGGGGAAGAGCCCGGGGGUGGAGGGGAUCACCAAGCCACCCAGGAGGAAGCUGGGGGCCAGGGCCAGUUUGUGGGAGCAGGGGGCUCCCCCACCCUUGGGGGUGGAGGGGCCUGUAGGGGAAGGCGUAUCUAUGAGGAAACCCAGUAGGAGGAAACAGCAUGCUCACCACAGCUCGCCUGCUGUCAUGGGAAACACUGACGAUGGCACUAAUACUCACCUCCCACCAGAGGGCGCCAAUGCCACCAUUACGCCUACGAGGCCCCUGUCCUCCAUUUUGAAAAGCGUGCCAGAGGUCGCUGGGUUAGAAGUCAUGGGUGAAAGGUCAGCGGUGAGGGGAGAGAACGAUGACCCUGGGAUGCAGAUUGAGACUGACAGUGGAUAUCUAACAGUCGGGCCAGCUGGAGUUGUAACCGACGCUGUUAGUCUGAGUGAAGUCAUCGCCAAUGACGGAGUGGUGGCCAGUGUGGACGAUGGAGCUAACCUAUAUGAGAAUGUGAUGAUUAUGCAUUCCUAACUUCAGAUGCUAAUGACUGUGCUGCUCUGUCUCCUCUCACAAUUGAGUAUGUAGUUUGACUACUAAUGAAUGAGGAAUUUGGAAACUAGCUUAAUGUACUGAAGUUAACAGUUGAGUCUGACAUUAACUAACUUUACAAUAUACCAUUUUAUGAAUUACAAUAUGUACAUGAUGGUUCUGUACAAUAUGUACUGUAUGUAUGUAUAUCAUACAACAAUAGGAUAAUGUUGAAAUCGCCUUACCAAAUAGUAAUCGAUACUGUAACUGCCAUGUGUGAAACAACUAUGCAAAUUAAAACAAAAAAUGCA